AUACCGACCUAUACCUGUCUAUUAAAAUUUAGUCUGUGGUGUAAAGAGGUUUGUGGAUUUCGGUUCCCGAACAUUGCUAUUUGCUAGAGUUUUCGAAACGAUUUCAUUCCGGUGCCCGUAACCACUAAUAAAGUAAUAAAACACGAUCAAAUAGUAGUGUUAUUAUUGAAUCUUAAAUUUAUUCUACUUGUGAAUUGUGAGUUGUUGGUAACAGUGCAUUAAUAUGUCUCUGUUUGGGUCCUUGAUGGCCGACGUGGAGGACGAUCCAUUUUUCGGGUCGCACAUGCGGCACAUGCGUCAGAUGAACAACAUGAUGAACUCUCUGUUCGCGGACCCCUUCGGGAUGUUCGGUGGUGAGAACCACAUGGCGAUUAUGGGACCACGGCAUAACACCGCAUUGAUGCCAUUUAUGCCACAAAUGCCUUCGAUGAAUCGACUUUUUAGAGAUAUGGAUGGUGGAAAUAUGAGUGCAGGCAGCUCUUUCAGCAGCAGUACCGUUGUGAUGUCCAGUGGUCCGAACGGUAAACCCCAGGUGUACAGUUCUACAAGCAGUACAAAAGUUGGUCCCAAUGGUAUUAAAGAAACCCGCAAGACACUCCAGGACUCAAGAACUGGCACAAAGAAAAUGGCCAUAGGCCACCACAUCGGCGAGCGGGGCCACGUGAUCGAGCGCGAACAGAACGUGUACACGGGGGACGCGGAAGAGCGCCAGGAGUUCAUCAACCUCGAGGAGGAGGAGGCCGCAGACUUUGACAGGGAGUUCCAGAACAAAGCCGGCAUGGCGACGGGGCGACCCCGCGCUGCCAUCGCCCCGGCCCCCGCCCCCGCCCCCGCGCGACAGCACGAGCGACUCGCCCUGCCCGCGCCGCCACCGCACCGGGCCGCGCCCGCACCGCGCCGCGCGCUGCGCACCGCCCGCGCCGGCGCCAGCCCGCUCGCCUGCCCGCACAGUGGGGUACGCGAGGUGUACGGCGGUUCGCACCCUCAACGACACAGGGCGCGCUCGUACCGCCCCCACCGACACGUGACGUACCAUUAAAACGUUUACUGGCAACACUGUGAAGGGGGCUUAUCUGUAUUCCGAUGUUGCCAUGUUCUGUUCGAAAAGUUUCUUUUUGUUUUUUUGUCACGAAUAUUUUCGUUGUUUACAAAUGUAAAAAUUCAAUGUGGUUUCGAUUUGUUUUUGCAAAAAUUUCUAAUUUAUAAUAUGUUUUUGAUGGUUCGUUUUUAGGUUUACUAUGAAUUUCCUGUACAUGUAUGUAAUGUAAAUGUGGAUAAGCUCCCUUUGGCGAAAAACGUACGAUGGAUAUGCGAAGCGAUAGCGACUAUCUAUAUGUUUAUAAUUUUUGAGGUUUAGAAAAAUGUCAAGUGGAUUUAAUGUCAUCGCGUAGCUUCGAAGUGGAAGAACAGAUAAGUUCAUUAGACUGGAACUAGUGUUUUAGUUUCAUGCGUUCAAACUAGAUGGCGUUAAACUGGACGGAGCACAGAUGUGUUUGGUUUUGAGAAUUUAUCGUGAUGGCAUUACCUGCACCGGAUCAUCAACCUUAAGUCGAAUUGCGUACCGCUUAAAAUCGAUCGAUUCCUUUUAAUAGUUUUGAAGGUUAUAAAAAAGUGUAGGUAGUAAGUAUUGGCAGCGAGCAAACGUUAUCGGAACGUGAAGUGUGCUCACGAGUGCUCAAUGUUGUUUGUCCCUUUGCAAUGUAUUCGUAUUGUCGAAGGUUUUCCUGCAAGUUGUAUGGAUCGUCUAGGAGAAUAUUAAUAACCUUCAAAACGUUUGCGAUUGAUGUUUAAUUUAACGAUCUUAUUAUUAUUAUUAUUUUACGUAUAAAUUAGUUUAAAAUAAGUUCCUUUUUACAUAUAAUUCAGCCAGCACGUUCGAUCGCGCAGUUUGAGCGUUUGAGCAGAUUUGUUUUUGUGUCGAUUUUCGGAUUUACAGUCACAAAACUUAUGUAACAGGUUAACGAUUGUGUGAGAUUCAAUGAAGUUGGUUGAAGCGUUAUAUUUAAAGUAUAGCCACUCUUUUCGUGCACGCGCUGCGUCGCAUCGCAUAGCUCUUAAUGUAGUACUAAUCAACCAGUAGUCGUAUAAAAACAUACAGCCUUCCCUCUCGUACCAAGAGAUCCAAGUGGAUGUUUAUAUUGGUUAUGCUGUAACCAACAUGAUCCCGAUUAAGUAUAGCAGAAAGCUGAUCAGCUUGGACCGAUUUAAAAAAAAAAGGAGGGGCAUCGUUUUGUCACUGUGUUUCAGUUUACAUAUUAUUAUUUAGUUUUCAUUUUUUUUUUUAUGUCGCUAUCGCAAAUGUUCGAGAAUAUUUUUUUCUUUUCACUUAACAACUGAUCAAAAUUAAUUUGGAAUUGACACGCAAAAUAAAUAUUCUCAGUGAUGGAUUCUCUCAUUAAUGGUCUUUUUUUAUUUUAUUUACUCUUGUAUUGAUUUUUUUUAAUUGGAUUUUUUGUGUUUGAUUGUACUUAUUCGAAUACAAACCGGAGAAACAUUACAGCCUGAUUGCAGGUCGAUUCGAUCGAGGGAUUAAAGAUAAAAAGGAUUUGAGGGGGAUAUUAUCGUUGCAAUGUGUGUGUAUUGUUUUGAGAUUGCAAACAUGAUGUUUAUUGGUUCUAAAUUAAUAGCUUUUUUUUUUAUUUGGUUUAUUAUGAAUAUUACCUGGCUCCCUUUUGAAUGGCACCGUUUAAUACGUCAAGCACGAAAAUCUAUCGAAUUCGUAAAGUAAAUGUAUCGUGGUCCUAAAUUAGUAGUUUUUAUUAACAAAAAAACAAGACAAAAUCAACCGCUUUACACAAGAGUAGAAUCGAUCAGGACUAUAAACGACGAAAGAACAGAAACAAAUCAUUUUCAUAGAGAUUCGAACAACUUCGCAAGUAUUGAGUUUGUUUACUAAACUGUGACGUCACUGCGUAGUUAUGUGAGAGCAUCGAUAGCCGGCCACGCUAAGAUUGAUUUAUAUGAUUAAAAAAGGUAGUGGAAAAUAUUUCUUAUGUAAUUGAAAUAAAACUAGCCGAAACACAGCUGAAUAAAGUCGAAUAUCCUAUAACAAUAUUUUCACGCAGUCUUCUAUGGAAACUAAACAGUAUAAUGUAAUGUAUAAUGUAGAGAUAUGAACUGGGCUAAUAUAUACUGAGGUGGAAUAUAAGGUUUUGGUUUCAGUUCCUCUAAAAUAAAAUAAAUAAUUGCAAGUACCUAUCUUGACGGACGUUUACUGUUUGCAAUUUGGUUAGUGAACGCAUAGUCGACGCCGACUGCGCUUAAAUCGAUUACUUGUUUUGACUUUAAUAACGAUAUUUCCUUAUAAUAAUAUAAUACCGUAUAUAUUCCAUAAAAUAAAUAAAAAAAUCCCCAAUAUAUAGGCUUUGUAAAGUUAGAGUUUAAUUAAUAUAAUAAUAUCCUUCGACACCAGUACCACCGAUACAAAACCGUCUAUGACUUGAUAUAUACAGGCUGUUCAAAUUUUCUUAAAAGUAUUUUGUUUUUUUUUUGUAUAGUAUCUAAUUUUAGAAAAGUGUCGAAAAUGGCUAUAAUUAAAAUUAAACAUUGCACUUUUAUGAAGAGCCUACGUCUUCAUAUUUCGUUAGAAGUGUCUUUUUUUAUUUGACGUGCCUUUGGAUUGUUUGUUUGCAUUUGUUUACUUGGAUAUCCUAAAUUUCUUACUUACUAAUGGUCGAUUUUACGAAACAUAAAUAGCGUCACAAGCUAAACAAUACAACAGAGUAAGUAUCUUGCGAAUGAAUUUAGUGAUAUUUCUCUGGUUGUCGAUAUUUAAUUUAUAUACAGGACACGUAAAAUUAUGAAAUACAAACAUGAUAUUUCGAAUGAACUAAAGCUUUUUCAUUCUAAUGAUCGGUUUUUUCAGCAAUAAAAAUAUCGUUUUAGGAUGUGAUGUUUACGGAUCUCAUGUGAUACGGACAUCACCCCACUCUGUAUUUUGAUAUAUGAAAUAUAUGAUACCUAAAUUAAAUAUUCACUAAUCUGUUUGUACGAUUUGAACAGCCUGUAUUAGUCAACUCAACAAGUAACUCGAACAAAAAUUACUGACUCGUGACAUUAAUUAUCAUCGAUUGAUUGCGUUUCGCUUUAAAAUUGGAAUCUCAAAAACAAAUACAUAUCAUUAUUUUGUUGCUUUUGAAAAUUAUGCGAGAUAAUGUCUAACGGCUCCGUUAUAUAGCGUUCGAAAUACUUGCCGAGACUUGCUCGUGCAACUGCUUUCAGACUACGCUAUACUAUAGUGCCAUAUAGUAUAGCAGCGUAUACUUAGCCAAUAAUUAUAUAGUACAGUACAGUGUAAACGUGUCCCAUAACAAUGUAUCGUACGCAAUAUUGUUGUGCUAUGAGCUAUAUGCUAUUAUAUUAUAGCGUAGUCUGAAAGCAGCUUAAACUUCAAUUUGCUAUGUCUAAUAGGGACAGUUAUUCUAAAAUGUGGGUAUAAGUUUUAAAUUUAAACAAAUAACGGCAAUUCUAAUUUCUCUAAAUUCUCUAAAAUAAUAUUUGAGAAACAUCUAUGCUAUUCCCAGGCGUCGAGUGUACAGCUCUUCGUAAAAAAAGGACACAAUACUAAUUUAACAGUCGCGUUAAUGGAGACUUACAUUAAAGCAUCGAGUGUAUUUUCAUUAUCUUCAACAGCAUAAAGUCUAUAUUCGUGUGUCAAAGAAAUAUGUGUCCAUUUUCGAUGUAACCACUUUUUAACUGAUAGGCAUUACCUACUCGUAUUAUGUAAAAGGUGUUAGUUGAAAAUUGUAGUUGCAAACUGUAUGAUAAUUGAUUGAUAGUUAAAGUUAUCACCAUUACUCCUACUGCUGGACCCAGGUAAGUUUUUAGUAGGCGGCUAGUGUAAUGGGCUGGUCACGUAUGACCCAAGAAUCGCUGGUCGGGAACGAGCUAUUGGGUUAAGGCAGGUGAAGUAGUGGCUCGCAUUGAUGAGGAUAAAUUACCGCAUUAACAGCGCCUAUUGUAUUCUAUCUACCAGUGCGUGAGUAAGGGAUUGUAUCAUCCAGAGGUGGCGUUACCAAUGGCGUAGCAGUGUUUGGAAGCGUCGGACUCGGCACUGUUAAUGAACCCGAGUUUUAAGAGUUAGUGAAGAUGAAACGAGACGAUAGAGAGAUGAGAGAUAUGAAGUUGAGACCUGUUACAUUUGCACUUGUUCCAUUUUGACUGCGUGCUUACUAAACGCUAGGUGAUGAUUCCACAUGGGUGCUACGUAGGCUAGAGGCUAGAGACAUCAUUAGUAUGAGAAGUAACAGAGAGAGACCUACAUUUAAUUAUAUACCAAAUUCAUAUAGUUAAAAAAAAGUUGUGAAAAAAUCUGGAAGUAAUAAUCUCCAUAAUCAACCAACCACAAUCUCUGGUUUCUAAAGUAAAGGAAGUAAUCUUAGUUUGGUGUCAGAUGUGCGUUUGAUUUGUCCCGGACAUAUUUUUAAUGGUACAAUGGGCGAUGUAAAUGAGAUGGACGAAUUUUCAGCGAAAAAGAAUAAUUCACGAGUGGAAAAUUGGGGUGUUCUCUGCGAUAAGAUCCAAGGGUUUUUUAAGACGUUCAAAAGUCAGGAUAUAUUGUCACUUAAUCACGUUCGUAUCUAUUGCAGAAGAAAUAGCCUUCACAUACAGUUUAUUUUUAUUUAGAUAGCGUAAUCGAUAUAAAAGUGUAAUUUAAUAUUAAUGUGUAUGUAUUUAGUUAAUAAUUAUAAUAUGUAUGUGUGUUACGAUGUUUUGUGGGGAUUUUUGUUUUCAUCAUCAUACGAUAUAACUUGACGAAACUUAAUGUUAGUCUGUGCUUUUUGUAUUCUGUGAGUUCCAUGCGGUUUGUUUGCAUUUGAUUAAAAGUUAACACUUUGCACAAUGAUAUUUUAUAUGUAAAAAGAAGCAGAUAUGUUUCAAGCGCACGUCAAGUGAAGACUCGAAAACAGGCCAAUUGGGACGUUUCAACUUUAGUCGCGUCUAAACAAAUGCACUAAUAAUAUAACAAGUGCAAUCGUUCCAAUUAUAGGUAUCUUUUUUACUCACGCGCUUAUCCCAUCUUUUGUACUUUUCAUUAAUGCUAUUUGUCAACAUGUGUGUGCACUAUAUCGGUUGGUAUGUAGAUAUAUAUGGCGCGAUCAGAUUUGAAGAGUCAGUUACUAUGAAGAUAACAUAUCUGUUGUAUAAAAAAUCAUUGACUUUGCAUAAAACUUCGAACAUAAAAAAGUUUUAAUGAAAAUAAUAUCCCCACAAAAUAUUUGAACGACAAUUGACAUCUGUCAAAUGUAUCAAGCGAAAACCUAUUUUAGAUCCUUUACCUUCUCAUGGUCGUUUUCAAAGAAGAGGGUGCAUGGUCGUCGCGACAUUAAAAUCGGUUUAGAAAUAUGUAUUUAAUGUAUGUUUAAGAUAAGGCUAUAUUUGCAUGGCAAGGAGUCCGGGGAAAUGUUCGCUCGAUUUUUCAUUUUAAAAAGAAAAUAACUUUCCCAAUAAAUAAUCACAAGUUUUAAAUGUCCCAUUCAGAUACGUGAAUUUAAUAAGAACUAUUUGAAACAUUUUGACAAAUAUUAAUUGUAAUUAAAAAGGUUUUAAAACGGACACAAUAAAUAAAUAAAAAAUGGCGUGUGUCAAAUUAAAAUAGAAAUUAAAUCUCGGAUCUUUUAUUUAAUUGCUUAUACACAGAUUACUGUUUUGUUUUGUUUUGUUUUUUAUCCGGCUCUUUUUGUGAUUACACUAUAAAGUUUAGAUAAUAAUCAUUGAGAGUAAUUCUAUUCUGAACAAAAGGUUCAUAGAAGUCUAUAAUAACCUGUUAGAAGAAAAUUACAAAAGAUGAAGUUCCGACUUUAUGGUUUUGAUGUCGAGUUUUUUUUUUCUCUAUGUACCGAAUGCGAUUGGUUAUCUGUAAUUAAGGAUUUGACUAUUCAGUUUGCCCGUAAAACUUGCCAUGUAAAUCAAUAAUGUUAGAUGCACAUCCCUCGCCAUACUUGUGGCCCUUGUGGUGAACGCACAAAAUAAGACCUUGUUUGGUGGAUGUUAAGGUUUCAUUCCUAAACGUGUCUUCGUGGAUAGGCCAAGCAGGCGCCGCGCCCCACGGCUAGACUUGAAUAGACUCGAGAUAUAAAUAUAUAUUUUCUUAGAAGUAAUUAUUGAUGUUAGAUUUAAAAGAACCAAUCUUUCUCUUCGUUCGUGUGAUCGUUAGAAUAAUAAAAAAAAUUAGAAAUAAAA